AUGGAAGAAUUCACGUAUGUUCAUGUGGGGAGUGCAGGGAAAAUCAUGAGGAGAUCAGUCUUCACCUUUCUUCAAUACUAUGAGUACUUCACCACCACUCCAGUUCUCCUUAUCCUGCCCUUCUCAGCCUCAAUUCUCCUCUCACAAUCUCUUUCUGCUUCAUUUUUCGCACCACUUCUUAACACCCAUGCUUUGCUCAGAUCACUCUUCAAUACCAUUGGAUUUUCUCCCUCUUCCCAGUUUCUCUCCCUCCUCAACAUCAUCAAUCUUUCUCAAACCCUUUUCACCUCUGUUUUUACUCUAUUUUUUGCCCUCACAUCACUUCUCCUAGGAAAAUUGCUCAUAAUUCAAGCUCUUAUCCACCAGAAACCUUUUUUUCAAAUACCCUUUUCCUCAUUCACAUCACUCUAUAAGCCCCUAUUCCUAACUCAACUCUGCAAUUCAGGCCUCAUCAUUUUUAUCAACAUAAACGCCUUUUCUCUCCUCUUCGCGGCCUUCAAUACCCUCGAUUCAUUCGGCUACACAACAAACAACCCUCUUCCCCUUAUCGUUUCCAAAGCGAUUUUGUACACAAUUCUUGCCAAUCUGAGUGUCAUAUGUAACCUUGCUUUGGUGGUGGCAGGGUGGGGAAAUUGUUCCGGUUUCGCGGCUAUAAACAAGGCUUGUUGUUUGUUGAGUUGGAAAAGGAGCUCAAUAAUAUUUUCCAUGAUUCUUCCUAUCAAUCUGGGUAUGCUUGCUGUGGAGGGGUUGUUCCGGCACCGGGUCGUAAGAGCUGAUCAUAUAAUCGAACAGUCUGGCUUUUCGCUGGCUAUGGAAGGGGUGUUUAUCGCUUACUUGUAUUCCCUCCUAAUUGUUCUCGACACAAUUGCAAGCUGCCUCUUUUUCAAGAGCACCAAAGAAGAUACACAGAUAGAUUAUGCUGAAGGGAGGUAUUAUUUCCAGAUCAAGAUUGUCAAGAAAGAAGACCAAGCAGAUAAUGUUCCAAGUUGA